CGAUACUUUGCCGUUACUAUUUACUACUCAAAACGAGGCUGCGUUUCAAGCAAAAGAAAAGAAAGCAAAGCCCUUUUUCUUUAAUCUCUCUAGACUGUGAUAAUUGCAUAAUCUCGUUCUUAAGUUGAAGUCUUGUCUCAUUCUUGGUCAUUCCUUUCGCGUUUCUCGAGUUGGGCACUUUUGUUUUUCUACUGUAUUUCCAUUAACCUCUUUGUGCACUACACAUAUUAAUAUACAUGUAUAUGAACACUACAAGAGUGAUUCUUGAGUUUUCUUUAGGGGCUUCAUGAAGAAAUUAUGCCCAGGAAGUAGAAUGCCGAAGAACUGAAGAAUUAAGGAAAAUCAGAUACGCCCGUUUGGAAUUUUGAUCAGAUUUUUGCAUUGAAGUUGGAUUGGAGCCUCAACAGAAGACAUUGAAAAUAGUGAACUUUAAAGGGUUCAUAGUUUCUUGAAUUUUUUUUCUUUUGAUUUUUCGGAAAAAGGAUCUGAAUUUGUGAAAAGAAGGGGGAAGAGGAAGUGUGUAAAGAGUGCCGCAUGAAGAAAUAGGUGAAACAAUGAGAGAUGAAAAUUUCAAGAAAAGCAAGCUCUCAUGGUCAAAGAAACUGGUUAGAAAAUGUUUCAAUAUCAAAUGUAAAAGUGAAGAAUUUCAGGCUGAUGAAGUUGUUUAUAGAGGGGGUGAUUUUGAAUGGAGGAAUAGCUUUGCGGAGAGGGAACCAUGCACAAUCAAGAAAAGCAGAACAGAAAAAUCAGCCAAGAACAUUGAGCGUCCGCGAUCUCGUUCCCGUUCGAGACGAGGGAGAGGUUAUCUCGAUCAUCCUCAAAUAAUAAAUGUCCAGAAUUAUAGCCUCUUUGUCUCAACAUGGAACGUGGGAGGAAAAUCACCGCCUAACAACAUGAAUCUAGAUGAUUGGCUACAUUCUGCACCUCCUGCAGACAUUUAUGUACUGGGAUUUCAAGAAAUAGUUCCUUUGAAUGCCAGUAAUAUUCUGGGCGCUGAAGACAAUGGCCCUGCCAAAAAUUGGCUCCAUCUUAUAAGGAAAACGUUAAACAAUGCUCCGGGAACUAGUACGGGCAGUGGGCGUUAUACACCAUCUCCUAUCCCUGAUCCAAUUGCAGAAUGGAAUGCAGACUUUGAGGGAUCAAUCAGGAAAAAGGCCUCUUCUUUGUUGCACCGUCGAUCUUUCCAGACACCACAACAUUGGAGAAUGGAGAAUGACGUCCCACAACCUCGCCUUGAUCGGCGAUUUAGUGUUUGCGACCGGGUAAUUUUUGGUCAUAGGGCUAGUGAUUUCGAUCCAACUAUCAGAUGGGGUUAUAGGCCAAGCGACUGUUCCUCUAGUCAGAGGCCAAGUGAUUAUUCAUCUAGUCGCCGUCCAAGUGACUACUCCUCUGGUCGCAGGUCGAGUGGCUAUUCGUGGAGCCAAAGGCCUAGUGACUACUCAUGUGGUCAGAGGCCAAGUGACUUCUCCAGAUGGGGUUCAGACGAGGAUUAUAUGCCUGGGAAUUCACCCAGUACAGUUUUGUAUUCAGCAAUGCCCUACAAUGGACAUGCACCAAUGGAAGAGGGAAACAGACUGCCUGAGCAUUCUAGAUACUGUUUAGUUGCCAGCAAACAAAUGGUAGGCAUUUUUCUCACUGUAUGGGUUCGGAGUGAAUUGCGGGAACAUGUGCGGAACAUGAAAGUAUCGUGUGUUGGCAGAGGAUUGAUGGGUUACCUUGGAAAUAAGGGCUCCAUUGCGAUCAGCAUGUUAUUGCAUCAGACUAGCCUUUGUUUUGUGUGCAGCCACUUGACUUCAGGUCAGAAGGAUGGCGAUGAACUACGUAGAAAUGCUGAUGUUAUGGAAAUCCUAAGGAAAACGAGGUUCCCACGAGUUAACACCAUCAGUGAAGAGAAAUCCCCAGAAACAAUCCUUGAACACGAUCGGAUUAUUUGGAUUGGCGAUCUGAACUAUCGAGUAGCACUGCCCUACCGGCCUGCCAAAGCACUUGUUGAGAUGCAAAACUGGAGAGCAUUGUUAGAAAGGGACCAGCUGCGGAUCGAGCAGACACGAGGUCGAGUUUUUGAUGGAUGGAAAGAAGGGAAGAUAUAUUUCCCUCCAACAUAUAAAUAUUCUCAUAAUUCAGACAGAUACACAGGUGAUAAUAUUCACCUAAAAGAGAAAAGGAGGACACCUGCAUGGUGCGAUCGAAUUCUAUGGCAUGGAAGUGGGCUUCAGCAGUUGUCAUACUUCCGUGGUGAAUUUAGGUUUUCAGAUCAUAGGCCCGUGUCUAGCAUGUUUUGGGCCGAGAUAGAGUCAGUCCCCAACCGGUUGAGGAAGAGCAUGAGUUGUUCCAACUCCAGGAUUGAGGUGGAAGAGCUGUUACCAUACUCGCAUGGUUAUACAGAGCUCUGCUUUUUUUGAAGGAGGGUAUGAUUGUAAACUUAUGAUCCGGGUGGCAAUUGUUUUAAAGAAACUCAACCUAAAGGGUGAUGGGGACGAUCCUUUGCCCAUAAAUCGAUAAAGGUGUAGAUACUUCAAAUUUUUGAUAGCUAACUUGGAAAGACCGGACAUGAUUAACCAAAGACCACUGUUAACUUCCUCUCUAAUUAUAUUUCAUUUUGGAGUUCGAUUCAAUUUCAAGAUUCACCGCUUCCCACUUUAUGGCAUCUCUAAGUUUCAUACUGCAGUUUCAACCCUCCUUUAUCAGCAGGACAAAAAUGAACUGAAUGGCAAGUGGGAAUACCAGAUUGAAUUCUUUUUAUUCGACGAUUCUUUAUGGAUGAAGAUUCAGAAUAAUUAUUUCAUUUUUACUUUUUUGUUUUUAAUGAGUAGAGACGUGAGAAUCUGAUGUGAACCGAGGCUAACGUGACAGUAAAAGCAUGAUAUAUGAAUACUUGUGCUCUGUUUGUGCCAAUGAUUUUACUGAAAAGUGAUUCUUUUUUGUUCC